AUGGCCGAUAUCACAGCCAAGUUGUCCAGUCUCAACCCCUUCAGGGAAAAGGGCAAGGAGGAUGAUGAGGAUCGAGGCGAAAGCGUGGACGUCGACAGCACCGGCCAUCGCAUCAAGGACAAGGUAGUCACAAAAGACAAGCUGCACGUGAGCAGCGCCUUGCGGUCUUUCAUCAUUGCGAACGGCAUUCUGUCUGAAAAGGAGGCGGGCACCGAAUCUGAUGCGUCGACUGACGCGCUGCGCGCCCUGGUCACCAAGCCUCACAUCAAUUUCAUCAGCUCCAGUCACAAUACGUAUCUUGUAGCGCAUCAACUUUACGGGACAUCUUGCGUGUCGGCGUACGAGACUGCCAUCAAGACAGGGUCACGAUGCGUGGAGAUAGAUGCGUGGGACAACAGCGACAAUAUGGACGAGCCAAAGGUGACGCACGGCUUCACAUUGGUGUCCAACAUACCAUUCCGGUCCGUCUGCGAGGCCAUACGUGACUGCUGCGAUGAGGAGGAGGAGGCGGCUGCUGGACAGGAUCCGCAUCAGAGACAAGCACCAAUCCUGCUGUCCCUCGAGAAUCACUGUGACGCACACGGUCAGCUCCGACUUGCACAGAUCAUGCGCGAAGUCUUCGGGCAUCGCCUCCUCAGUGAGCCUGUUCGGAUGGAAGGCCAUCGAGAGCAAGCCGACUCUGGCGAGCAUGUCACACUCGAGGAACUCGGAGCAAAGAUUGUCGUCAUGGUCGAGUAUCACCUCCCAGACGAGGCAGACGACAGCGACAGCGACUCAGAUGACUCUGAAGACGAUGAGCAAGAGAAAGCGGCGCGGAAGGAAUACAAGGACAAAAAGAAAAAGGCACCCUCGACAACCAUCGUCCCGGAGCUCGCGGAGCUCGGAGUCUAUGCCCAGUCGGUAAAACCAGGCAACAAUUCUUGGUUCAGCGAUGCUGGGCUGACCAAUGGACCGCAUCAUCACCUUAUAAACGUCUCGGAAUCAGGACUUGCAUCGCAUCUUCCAGAACAAAGUGCGUCGAUUGCCAGACAUAACGCAAAGCACCUGAUGCGUGUAUUUCCCAAGGGAACCCGCAUCUCAUCGUCAAAUCUCAAACCUGUGCCAUUCUGGGGCAUCGGCGCGCAGGUCUGUGCCCUCAACUGGCAAACAUUCGGGACAAGCAACCAACUCAACGACGCUCUGUUUGCUGGCUCGGACGGUUUCGUCUUGAAGCCUGCGGCUCUUCGCGCUGGCGGUGACGGCAAACUAUCGACCGGCCGCAAAAGAAAGCUUCGCCCACAUGUCGGAGGCGCCUCUGACAUUCAGCUCCCUGAGGAGACAGAGGUUGAAUCGUUCAAGCCUUAUCUCACUUGCACCCUUUUCCAUCCGGACGAUCUCAAGAACGAACCACCAAAGCGCAAGACUGCGCCGUACAAGCAGCACAAACUCGGCUUCCUCCAUCGCGGCGAGAACCCCCCGCCCACUGACCCUAUCUGGGACGAUGUUCUCGAAUGGGAGUACGAUGACAGCGACCUCGUCUUCCUACGUCUUUUGAUAAAGCACGAUGAGAGUUGGGCCAAGAACCCGAAUAUCGCAGUGCAUGCUGUUCGCCUGUCCUAUGUUGUGCCUGGUUGGUCUUUUAUCCGCAUGCUUGACUUGAAGGGGAGAGAGACCAGGACCAGCUUGCUUGUCCGAUUCGAAUUUGAGGAUGUAUGA